AACACGAUAAACAACAUGCACGAACAAACUUUGCCAAGGGUUGACCAAACGAAUUCAACAAUAAUAGACAUUGAAAAUGUAGUCAGAAAAAGUGAGCAAAUUUCGGCAACUGAAUUGGUUCAGCAUACCAAGCAGGCGUUUGAUUCUGGUAUCACUCGUCCGUUGUGGUUUAAAAAACAUCAGCUGAAGGGUCUUCUAGAGUUUCUCACUGUAGAAGAAGCUCAAAUAUGCCAAGCCUUAUAUGACGACCUUAGGAAACCCUUGCAGGAAUCGCUGAUUGCGGAAAUAUAUCUGGUUAAAAGAGAAAUUAAUAAUGCUUUGAAGAAUUUAAAGAGUUGGACUCAACCACAAAAAGUUAAACAGUCUAUUGUGAAUAUGUUCGACGAUUUGUUAAUAGCUAGUGAUCCUUACGGUGUAGUUUUGCUUAUCGGUACUUGGAAGUACCCUAUUCUCAUUAUAUUGGCACCACUUGUUGGUGCCAUCGCUGCUGGAAACUGUGUUGUUAUUAAACCUUCAGAAGUAGCACAAGCUACUUCGAACCUCAUCGCUAAAUAUUUGCCAAAGUAUAUAGAUACCAAUUGCUAUCCCGUUUAUACAGGCGGGCCAAAAGAAACAAGUGAAUUGCUAGAACAGAGAUUCGACUACAUAUUUUACACAGGAUCUACAGAGGUAGGAAAAAUUGUUCACAAAGCUGCAAGUAAAUAUCUGACGCCUACAACCUUAGAACUAGGAGGGAAAAAUCCUGUAUAUGUUGACAAAUCCGCCAAUCUAAAAGCGACAGCUAAAAGAAUAUUAUGGGGCAAAUUUCAAAACUGCGGGCAGAUUUGUAUAUCACCAGAUUAUAUACUAUGUACCCCAGAAGUACAGGUUAAGCUUUUAGGAUUUAUGGAAGACGUUAUUAAGGAAUUUUUUAAUGGUUCAGUUAAAACGUCAAAAGAUUAUGCCAGAAUCAUUAACUCAAGACACUUUGAUAGAUUAGUAGGAUUGCUGAAGAACCAGAACAUUGCCAUAGGUGGUCAUCUCGAUGCCGACGAGCGCUAUAUAUCUCCAACUAUUCUUGUAGAUGUUCAUCCUGAAGAUCCAGUGAUGCAAGAAGAAAUUUUUGGUCCAAUUCUUCCGUUUAUUAAUAUAAAGGAUGAGGAAGAAGCUAUCAACUUUAUAAAUUCUAGAGAAAAACCAUUAGCUUUGUAUGUUUUUACCACUAAGUCUAAGGUAAAGAAGACCUUUAUGGAACGGACUUCAAGCGGAGCAAUGGUUGUUAACGACACUGUUAUGCAUAUUAUAACUGAAGGUUUGCCAUUUGGUGGUGUUGGAUAUUCUGGUAUGGGUUCAUACAAGGGAAAGAAAACAUUUGACACAUUUAGUCACCAAAAAUCUGUUUUAUCGAAAAGUUUUAAUGUUAUAGCAGACAAAAUUGAAUCAGUGCGAUAUCCUCCCAAUACUAAUUUUACGACGUCAUUUUUAAAGGGAGUACUAAAGCUGUCUUUCAUCACUCGACGCUAAGGGAGGAUCCUGGUAACAACCCCUAUUCGUUGGCCACAUACCAUCACAGGCCAACUUCUUGAGGACACACCUUGUGGACUAGUGGCUGUCCAACACUUCUAGUACCUAGUAGCUAGUAACCAGAGUCACCACCACACAGGAACACCCACCACGAGACCGUAAGCAAGAACAGAGAUAAGUCGGUAACAACAGUAGCAACAUAGCCAUUUUUAUAUAUACCAUAUAUCCUAUAGUGUGUCUAUAUCUACCAUUUUUGUCCAGAUCUAAGUCCUUCCUCUACCCUCAUUGUACACCUAGAUAUAGCUAUGAGUAAUUACAGGGUAUAUAAUUUCACAGGUAGACUUACAGAAGUAGGUAUUUGACACUCCAUGGUAUAAAUUAUUCACUUUAUAUUUGGUACUAGUAAUAUUAAUAUAGUAUAGUUACGGUAUAUAUCUGAUUCUUGCUGAACGUGGGUACAUUUCAUUCAUCAGGUUGUAUUGUAUGUGACAAGUUAGGGUUUUUAAGUCUAACAGUGUUUUAUAUUUAAUAAUCUGAAUAGUUCAAUAGUCACUACAUUUUUCUAAUAUUUUGCUUCAUUUUCUGUUUUUCAUUUUAUGUUCAAUAAAUAUUUGCAGUUA